GGAGAAAGGAAGGCGAGGACCGCCUAAGAAACUUGGCUCAGCAGCCAGAGACUAUUUCCUCCCAAUUCUCCGGCUGCCAAUCCAAACUCUUCUGCAGAGGGCCAGUGCAUACUGGGGAGAGAGGCUGCUUAUUUCUCUUCAUCUGCUGGACCAGGAGAGAUUCCUCCGGACGGAGCCUCUGAAACUAUGCUUUGCAUUUGGCCUCUGCUUUUUAUUCUAAUGCUGAACGGACAAGGAUUGGUUGCUGCUGAUCCUGUCACUGAUCUCACAGGGAGUUCGGAGCAGAAUGACUGGUGUGAUGACCACAAUACAAUUCAUAAGCGCUUAGAUACUAUCCAAGAGGUGGAAAAGACGGCUGAUCUUCUUGACUCUGAAGUCAAGUCCCUGCUCAACACCAUAAGUGAAACUGCAUGGAAUGUUCCUCUUGCUCCUGGAACUCCCUUGAUGGAUAUCUUUGAAGAUACCAGUUGAGCUUCAAGAAGACGGACCAAAGGAACAGACUGUAAUAUCUAUAUACCUAUAUCUCCCACCUGCAUAAUCAACCCACAUUGCACUCUUUUAUAAGCUUCCAGACCAGACAGAUGUCUUGAGACUUGGGAUGGGGAGUACAGUAUUCCACUACAAGUUCCUCUGUGUUAUGAUCUAAUCGUACUGACGCGUAAUACCAAAAGAGAAGUUUUCUUCCCAUCUAUCCUGAAGAUUUAGAGAGUCCUAAAAUUGUUUUUAAAAUAUCCUCACUGCAAUGACCCCUGCGGAGAAGUUAAAUGUCCCGGAAGGUCCAGCCGUCUGGCGGUAAAGAAAAAGGAGCAGAAAUUAGAAGAGGUACUGUUGGAAGUUUUCACGGGGUACCUGGUAGUCUCCAAAAUUGGGUUGCCAUCUCUGGUCAUGAAGAAAUUUUUGUUCUUGUUAAUUGGUCAAAUUUUAGGAUGGUUAACCUGUUAGCUAGGUAACCUGCAGCACUGGUGCCACAAGGGAAAAUAAGCAACAGGUGGUUAUGGCGCUCCUGGAGAGUAGGGGCAGGAAAGCAUGUGAGCCUGGCUGCAGCACAGUCUUGCUCGCAAGCUUUCUAGAGGCACCUAAUGCUGAUCAUUGCUGGAAGUACCAGGGUGGGAGUUUUGGUGUGGUCCAGCAAGACUUCCGAUCUGGCAGUACUCCCCAGCUGAAACACCUUGUGAAAGCGCAUAACUCCUGGACUUGUGGCACACUUGCCAAAAACUGCUUCCAAACUUCUUGAAAUAUCCAGGUUUGUCCAAUGUUGGAAACAGGAUGCAGAGCUCAGUGGCCGAGGGAUGGGUUUGUUUGUACUGUAACACUCUGUCCUUGUGUCUUUGCUCAAGCCUUUCUUAUGAAGGGACAGAUAACCAAGGAGCCACAGUGAGCAGCCUAAGUGGAAUGAUUUCAUGUUUUAUGUAGAAGCUAGAACCCCUCUGCAACAUUUG